CGCAGGCUCAGAUAUAGAAAGAUCGGCCGAGGUUGUGGGUCAACAGCCUUAGUAAAAGCACCCGGAGAUCGGAAAACGUGUUCUUAACAUCAGUCACAUCUGUGACCUUAGCAUAUAUAUUCGUCAAUACGUCCUCAGUAAUAGGAGAUAGCUGAUUUAGUUUCUAAAAUGUUCCGCGGUGUAGCCAGUCGAGUUGUGAAGGGAAAUCUCCACCAGAACUUGCAGAAAUCAGCGAGUCAAAAUGGUGUACUGUCAGUUACCAAUGGUGUACGAUCGGUAGCGGUGGGACUCUGUAAUGAUGAUAGAUUUUAUUCCACAUCAGUUGUCGAUGAAAAUGCAGAACCUAGUUUCACGGAAAUGGUGGACAAGUUUUUUGAUAGGGCUUCUGAACUCAUCAAGGAAAAGCUUGCGGAAGAUAUGCAUUCCAAAGGUGCGCGAGUUUCGAUAGAUGAACGACGGAAAAAAGUGGAGGGUGUUCUGAGAGUGAUUAAACCACCAAAUCAUGUGUUAGCUACGUCUUUCCCAAUACGGAGAGAUAACGGCGAGACAGAAAUGAUCGAGGCUUACAGAGCUCAACACAGUCAACACAGAACACCGUGCAAAGGAGGUAUACGUUUCAGUGAGGAUGUAAAUGUGGAUGAAGUUAAAGCUCUGGCAGCUCUCAUGACCUACAAAUGUGCUGUGGUGGAUGUCCCCUUCGGUGGAGCUAAAGCUGGGGUUAAAAUUAAUCCUGCCAAUUACUCAGAAAAUGAACUUGAGAGAAUUACCAGAAGAUUUACUGUUGAGCUUGCCAAAAAGGGAUUUAUAGGACCUGGUAUUGAUGUGCCUGCUCCUGACAUGGGUACAGGAGAAAGGGAGAUGAGCUGGAUGGCAGAUACCUAUGCCAACACACUCGGUCACUAUGAUAUCAAUGCUCACGCUUGUAUUACUGGGAAGCCCAUCACACAGGGAGGUAUCCACGGCCGGAUAUCAGCCACCGGCAGAGGUGUGUUCCAUGGAAUCCAGAACUUUGUGAUGGAAGCAAGUUAUAUGAGUGCUAUUGGACUCACGCCAGGCUUUGGGGAUAAAACGUUUAUUGUGCAGGGUCUGGGAAAUGUGGGUCUGCACACCAUGAGAUACCUGCACCGUGCUGGUGCCCGCUGUAUUGGGGUCGUGGAGAAGGACGGCAGCAUCUACAAUCCUGAGGGCAUGGACCCUCGCGAGCUAGAGGACUACAAACUGGAAAAUGGUACAGUAGUGGGAUUCCCAGCAUCUGAGGCCUACACCAAGGGAGACUUGCUGUUGGAAAAAUGUGACAUCUUGGUGCCAGCUGCUAGCGAACAACAGCUGACUAAAGACAAUGCACACUUAGUUCAGGCCAAGAUAAUUGCAGAAGGUGCCAAUGGCCCAACAACAGAAGCUGCUGAUAAAAUAUUUUUAGAGCGCAACAUUUUAGUCAUUCCGGAUCUGUACAUCAACGCCGGAGGUGUGACAGUUUCCUACUUUGAGUGGCUGAAGAACCUGAACCAUGUUAGUUACGGUAGACUCACCUUUAAGUAUGAGAAGGACUCCAACUACCAUCUCCUAGAGAGUGUCCAGAAAUCUCUAGAAAGGAAAUUUGGUAGAAAUGGUGGAUCAAUUCCAGUAGUUGCUUCUGAGGCGUUUGAAAAACGCAUAGCAGGUGCUUCAGAGAAAGACAUUGUCCACUCUGGUCUGGAAUACACCAUGGAGAGGUCUGCACGGAACAUAAUGAAGGCGUGUAUGAAGUACAACCUGGGGCUGGACCUCCGCACAGCUGCUUACAUAACGGCCAUAGAGAAGAUCUUCAAGGUGUACCAGGACGCUGGGUUAACCUUUGUGUAAACACUUCGCACAACAAUAAACAUGCAUAUAUAGACUUUCAGCUGAACUUCGAAGAGAAAGCAUUUCGUGUUUUAUACAAAGUUUUCAUCAUAAUUUUUCUUUCCACGAGUAUGAAGCAGACCCCUGGUUUGUGGUGGUAUAUGUAUGCAUCCCAGUGCAGUAUGCGCAGAGAUUUUGGUUGACACACUAUGUAGCAUGUGUUCUAGUUAUAGCAAACUGCACUGGAGACCAACAGCCUUUGACAGGCAACAGUGUCUGACAUGUUUUUUUUUUAUAUAGCCAAAUUUAGUACCAGGUAAUAAUUGUGACCUGUUUUCUUUGUUACAAAACCUGUUCACUGUAAUGUAUUCACGAGCCAUGCAUUUUCUCCCUCUCUCCCAUUUUAAAUUCUGUUCAGAAUCUCACGCAGGUUUCACAGUUCAAGUGCUAUAUAUUGUUUGAGCUAGGAAUCUGGAGAAAUUUUUAUGAGGAGGAAGUGUUGAUGUUUUAAUUCGAUAGUGCAUAAAGCUCCAUAAUAGGAGCCUCUGUAUUGACUGAGACAGCUGUGAUAUCAUCGAUGUCACUUUAUAGGUUGAAUAAAUCCACUGAAAACAUUA